GCCAGCUUUCCUCUCCCCGGUCGGUCGGAGGAUCGGUGACCGCAGACAGCAGCUCCGUGUCGGUGUGGAUCUGUUCGGCUGCAGGUGAACCGUCAUGUUGUCCGGCUGCUCAGCGGGCCUCCGGCUGCUGGUUCCCCGCUGCUGCGUCCUGCUGUCCCGCAGUGUGACCUCAGGAAGCCCCGGCAGGGCGGCUGCUGUGGACGGCGUUCUCUCUGCGUUCAGGUCGAUUUGUGGCGACGACGGCGUCUCGCUGGGAGAAGCUGUCAGAGAACAACACGGCAAAGACGAAUCUUUUCACAGAUGUCGUCCUCCAGAUGUGGUGGUGUUUCCUCGCUGUGUGGAGGAGGUCAGCGCUCUGGCAAAGCUCUGCCACCGACACCGGUUACCCAUCAUCCCCUUUGGCACCGGGACCGGUUUGGAGGGAGGAGUCGGUGCUGUGAAGGGUGGAGUCUGCUUCAGUUUGAGGAACAUGGACCAGAUCCUGGAUCUCCAUCCGGAGGACUUUGAUGUGACGGUAGAACCUGGUGUGACCCGUAAAGCCCUGAACUCCUACCUGAGAGAAACUGGACUCUGGUUCCCUGUAGAUCCAGGAGCUGAUGCGUCUCUCUGCGGUAUGGCCGCCACCAGUGCUUCUGGAACCAACGCUGUUCGUUACGGAACCAUGAGGGAGAACGUGAUGAACCUGGAGGUGGUUCUGGCUGAUGGAAGCAUCAUUCACACGGCUGGGAAGAACCGACGUCCUCGGAAAACGGCCGCCGGCUACAACCUGACCAACCUGUUUGUGGGCUCUGAGGGGACUUUAGGGCUCAUCACUAAAACCACGUUACGUCUGUACGGCGUUCCAGAGGAAAUGGUGUCGGCUGUCUGCUCCUUCAGCUCCGUCCAGGCCGCCGUCGACAGCACGGUGCAGAUCCUGCAGGCCGGAGUCCCCAUCGCUCGCAUCGAGUUCCUGGAUGAGGUGAUGAUCGACGCCUGCAACAGGUUCAGCUCUUUGUCGUAUCCCGUCAGUCCCACUCUGUUUCUGGAGUUUCACGGUUCUGAGCGAAGUCUGGAGGAACAAGUCAACACAACAGAGGGCAUCACUCAGAGUAACGGAGGUUCAGACUUCCAAUGGGCUCGAGAUGUUGAAACCAGGAACAGACUGUGGAAAGCUCGACAUGACGCCUGGUACGCUGCUCAGGCUAUGAGGCCAGGAUGUAAGGCCUAUGCUACAGAUGUGUGUGUUCCUUUGUCUCGGCUGCCUCAGAUUAUUGUGGAGACGAAGGAGGACCUGAUUGAAAGCAGGCUAACAGGUCACAUCGUUGGUCAUGUUGGAGACGGUAACUUCCACUGUCUGAUGGUGAUGGAUCCCAGCGACCAGGAUGAGCUGCACAGAGUUCACCUUUUCACCGAGAGACUGGCCAGACGAGCUCUGGCCAUGGAUGGAACCUGUACAGGAGAACAUGGAGUCGGUUUAGGAAAGAGGUCGCUGCUCUGUGAGGAGGUGGGCCCUUCAGCGAUCCAGGUCAUGCAGAGCUUAAAGGACGCCAUCGACCCCAAGAACCUGAUGAAUCCUGGGAAAAUCCUGGUGUAGGAGGCCUGUGGACAGUGAUUCUGUCUGAGGGGUUAAAGCUGGAACUGAGAUAAAAACAUUCAAGGGUGACAAAUCAUCUUAUAUCAAAAAACUUGUCAUUAAAAGUAGCUAAUUUUGAAGGUGAAUUAUAGAUUCUUUAAGAGAAAAAUGAAGGGAUGCAAACUUCACAGCAGAAUCAUGUCAGGUUGGGUAAAUGUUCAACUCUUACUUUGAUCUUGAUGCAUUUAUAAACUGAUUAUUCUGUAACUGUCAUAAAAUUAUAAAACCUACAUGAUGCAUUUAAAGAAAAGCCUGAUGUUAGUCAGUAUUUGAAACUUAUAAGGAAACAUGUUCAUAGCUAAUGUUUGUAUUAAAUAUUUUUAAUAUUG